AGAAUGAACAAAUUAUAGAUUACAACUGCUAUAUGAAAAGUCAGACUGGACUCUCUGAAAAACAGCUUUCCGCCAAAUAAAUCGCGCUGAUCUUAAAAAUACGGGCGAGAGGCUAUUGAUCCAGUGUUGCAGUGUUGUAGCGGAGGUUAGCUGCACCCCUCCAUCACGCCUCUCCGUGUAGACGUCAUCAGUGAUCGCGCAGCACAGAGCCGAGCUGAUGCCAGCUCGCGUUUACUGUUAGUCGUCGUCGUCGCGCAGCAGUAGCAGCAUCAUCAAUUAGAAGACCAGUGUUGACGACGCACCUCAGGAUGCUGCUCUGAACACAAAGUCGCGCGCGCCAGAGGGUUUCCAUUUUUUUUUUUUCGAAGAGAGCGAGAGAAAGGUCGAAAGGAGACAAAGUUUGAAGAUCAGCGAGAUGGGUCUCGUAGCAGUUUUUACGGUGGCCGCGUGCGUCAUCGUAGCCAGCGACGCGUACUCACCACGUUGGACCUCGCCAAGCGGUGGUAGCGGCAACGGGGGCCCUAUUGAGGACUUCGUCGUGCCGCAUUACACGCACUACCAUGAGCUUCAAGAGCUCUUCAAGAAUCUCAGCGAGCAGUUCCCCAACCUGGCCAAGGUGCAGUCGAUCGGCAAGUCGGUAGAGGGUCGCGAUCUGUUGGUGCUGGAGAUCAGCAACAAUGUGCACGAAAGGGAGCUUGGCAAACCCAUGGUCAAAUACGUGGCCAACAUGCACGGAGACGAACCCGUUGGACGAGAGCUCAUGGUAUAUUUGGCCAAGUAUCUGCUCUAUAACUACGGCAAGGAUCCGCGUGUCACCCGACUUGUCAACGGCACGGACAUCUUCAUCAUGCCGUCGCUCAAUCCAGAUGGCUUUGAAAAAUCAAGGGAGGGUAUGUGCAACUCUCUAGAAAAUUACACUGGUCGUGAGAAUGCCAACCAUGUGGACCUCAAUAGAAAUUUCCCAGACCAGUUUGAUCCUAGAAUCAAUCACAUCAAGGGUGGAAAGCUUAUCCAGGGAAGACAAGCUGAAACCGUGGCUAUGAUGCAAUGGAUUGUAACUCAUCCAUUCGUUUUAUCUGCCAAUUUUCAUGGUGGUGCUGUUGUAGCAAGUUAUCCAUUUGAUUCUGGAAUCGUCAAUGACUGUUGCGAAGAAAGCAAGUCUCCCGAUGACAGGGUAUUCAAACAUCUUGCUCAUACUUACGCUGACAAUAAUCCAGCUAUGAGGGCUGGAAAUACCUGUCCAUCUGAGACAUUCAGUGGUGGUAUUACCAAUGGAGCUCAAUGGUACAAAGUAACAGGAGGCAUGCAAGAUUUCAAUUAUGCUCGUUCUAAUGCAUUUGAAGUAACAUUUGAGUUGAGUUGCUGUAAAUAUCCAUUUGCUACUCUAUUACCAGGAUAUUGGCGUACAAACAAAGAAUCUCUCCUAAAGUACCUCGAACAAGCCCACAUUGGAAUUAAAGGCCUAGUGACUGAUCUUGAAGGAAAUCCAGUACCAGAUGCUGACAUUGUUGUGGUUGGAAUAUCUAAAAAUAUUACAAGCACAAACCGAGGGGAGUAUUGGCGUUUACUUUUGCCUGGAACAUACACUGUAUAUGCUUCAGCCUGGGGUUAUGCUCCAAGUGAACCACAACGAGUAACUGUGAAAAAAGGCAAUGCUGAAAUUGUAAAUUUUGUCUUGACAAAACUACCGUAUCGCGAUCAACAAGCAGGCGAGGCGCACCGGGUGACCAAGACGAUGCGCCCGCGCGACCAGGACGGCUUCUACACGCACCCGGAGUUCGGCCACCACAACUACACGGCGAUGGAGGCCUACCUGAAGCAGCUGAGCGCCAACUACCCGGACAGGGCGCGGCUGUACAGCGUGGGCAAGUCGGUGCAGGGUCGCGAGCUGUACGUGAUCGAGGUGACGAGCCGGCCGGGCGAGCACGCGCCCGACAAGCCCGAGGUCAAGCUGGUGGCCAACAUGCACGGCAACGAGGUGGUGGGCCGCGAGCUGCUGCUGCUGCUGGCGCGCUACCUCUGCGAGAACUACCAGCUGGACCGGCGGGCCAGCGCCAUCGUCGACCGCGUCAGGCUGCACCUCAUGCCGAGCAUGAACCCCGACGGCUACGAGAAGGCCAGGGAGGGCGAUUACGACGGCCUGCUGGGCCGCGGCAACGCGCACGACGUGGACCUCAACCGCAACUUCCCCGACCAGUACGAGCAGAGCGAGGGCAACGUGGCGCGCGAGCCCGAGACGCAGGCCGUCAUGAGGUGGAUCGCCGAGCUGCCGUUCGUGCUGUCGGCCAACCUGCACAACGGGGCGCUGGUGGCCAACUACCCGUACGACGACAACCCGAAGUCGGUGGGCGAGGGCCGCGCCCGGGCCAACCCCAGCCCCGACGACACCGUGUUCCGCAUGCUGGCGCUCGCCUACUCGGAGGCCCAUCCGACGAUGCACCUGGGCCGGCCGUGCGCGCCGCCGCCGGGCGCGCACUGGCCGCGCGGCAUGCUCGACGAGGCGUUCCCGCGCGGCAUCACCAACGGCGCCGCCUGGUACCCGGUCACCGGCGGCAUGCAGGACUACAACUACGUGCACGGCAGCGCCUUCGAGAUCACCCUCGAGCUGGGCUGCGCCAAGUUCCCCAACGCCAGCGACGUGCGGGCCUACUGGCGGGACAAUCGCGAGGCCCUGCUGCGCUUCGUCGAGGCGUCGCGGCGCGGCGUGCACGGCCUGGUGCGCUCGUCCAUCGGCGGCCCCAUAGCGCACGCCAGGAUCCACGUGGAGGGCCGCGAGCACGACGUCUACGCCGGCGCCGCGGGCGACUACUGGCGCCUGCUGCCGCCCGGCGCCUACAACCUCACCGCCAGCGCGCCCAACUACGAGCCCCUCGCGCAGCUGGCCCGGGUGGGCGACUUAGGCGACGCCGAGACGGUGCUCGACUUCACCCUCGUCCGCGACGACCCCUACCACUGGGUCCACCUGCACGACUUCGAUCUGCGGGCCAACCUGAAGGAGGGCUACUUGAAGAACAGCGAGCUGAGCCAGAGCUUCAUGGUGCUGGCGGCGCAGAGGCAGCGGCUGGCCGAGUUCAAGGCCGACGACUCGCCCGUCAGCGCGGCCCUCCACUCGCUGAAGAUCGCGCGCAACAUCGGCGACAGCGACGAGGACAAGUUCCACGUGGCCCUCGUCGGCGGCCUGUUCGCCUCGCAGCCGGUGGGCCGGGAGAUCCUGCUGCGCUUCGCGCGCCACCUGCUCAAGGGCGACGCGGAGGACGCGGCCGUCCGGCGGCUGCUGGACAGACUCGCGCUGCACUUCCUGCCGGGCGUCGACCCCCACUUCGACAAGGUCGAGGCGCGCUGCGAGCCCUCGGUCGGCGACGAGGUCGUGGACAAGCUGUACGAGCCGGACCGCAAGCAGCCCGAACUGGACCUCGUGACGCACGCCUUCGAGCAGAUGCUGAGGACCGAGGGCUACGACGUGCUCGUGCUGUUCGGCGGCGGCCGCGGACUGGACGCCACGUACGCCGGUGACAAGGCGGGCUUCCUCGAGGGCUUCGUCGACGACUACCGCAAGUCCGCUCGCAAGGAGCGCUGCAACAACACCCGCAGCGAGGACCUGAGCAAAGUCCAGGACUUCAUCAGCCGGCGAUACGACAUCCCAGUGCUGAGCUUCUCGCUGUCCUGCUGCAAGUACCCGGACGACAAAUCCAUCCCGAGCAUCUGGAGGGAGAUUCUGGAGCCGCUGAGGAGCCUCGCCAGGCGCCUGUCGAGCGGCGUUCGAGUCAGCGUCAUGGACGCCGACAGGAAGCCUUUGAGGAACGCCAAAGUGAAAAUCGGAAGAGCGCUCUACGGGGUGACGAAGAACAUGGCCUACUUCAAGGCGAUAUUGCCCCCUGGCGUUCACAGCGCGACGUUCAGCUGCCUCGGCUACCAAGACGAGACGGUACAGCUGACGGUCGCGGACGACCAAGUGACGACGAUGGACGUCGUUCUGUCGACGCUCGAAUCCAUCGCCAUCGGGCAGCGUACCGACCGAAUAAACAAAGUCCUGGACGAGCUCAACGGCAAGUUCCCGAAAACAUCGACUCUCCGCGAAAUCGGGGUAAGCAGCAAGGGCCACAAGAUGCUGGCGCUCGAGAUUCACUCCGAGCAGGAUCCCGACCAUCCCGUGGAGCAGCCGUCCGUCGUUUUCUCCGCGGGGCUGGCCCAGGGAGCGCCCACCACGUCCGGCGUGCUCGUCCACCUGGCCACGUACCUGCUGACCGAGUACCGCGUCGAGGACCAAGUCGCGAGUUACCUCAGGAACCUGUCCAUCUUCGUCGUGCCCGAUCUCGAUCCCGACUCGGACGAGACGGAGACCUGUGCCUACGUCCCCGAGAGGACGCUCGAGCAGUUUCCCCUCGAGGAGGGCGCGAUGCGGUACCACCCGAACGCGAUGACGAUCGGCCGCUGGUUCCAGGCGAUCAAGCCCGUCGUGACGGUCAACCUGAAGACCGGCUCGCUCCACGUGGAAAUCCCGUUCGGCGACAAGCUCGGCAAGGACCGCGCGAGACCCUACAGGACCGACGACGACGGCAUGCUGCAGCACCUCGCCGAGACCUACGCCCUGAACCACCCGACGAUGAGCCUCGUCAAUUGGAAGUGCGACAGCAAGGCCGUGCUCGAGAAGAGCGGAACCACUCACGCGGGCGUGGCCGCGCGCGCCAGCCGGAACAACUCGUUCGUGGACUACCUGUACCUGAAGGCGGGCACGCUGCCGCUGGACGUCUACCUGGCGUGCUGCAACACCGACGACGACAAGCGGGCCUGGGACAGCAACCGGAGGAGCCUGCUCAGCCUCGUCGCCGAGGUCCACAAGGGACUGCAGGGCUUCGUCGUCAGCGAGAAGGGCGAGCCGAUACCGCGGGCCGUCGUCUCUCACGACCGCUCGGCCCAUCGGCUCGAGAGCCGCGAUAACGGGGCCUACUGGCUGAUGCUGCCGCCCGGCAGCCAUGUGAUCGUCGUCGAGGCUCCGGGCUACCACAGACUCACCCAGGUCGUCAACGUCACCGAUCGCGCAAUCAUGCCCAAAGUCAUGCUCAAGAUGACGCGGAACGAGAGCAUUCUGGGCAUGCCUCGGCUGCUCUUUGUCAUUCUGUCAGGCUCGAUACUCGUGGUCGUCGUAGCCAUGUGUGCAUUCGUCAUUUCCAAGUGCCAGGCAAGGCAGAGCGAAGACAAAGACAGGCGGCCGUACGCUUUCAGCUUACUGCGGGAGGGCACCUCCUUUUUCGACGACGACGAAAAAGAGGUCGAAAUAUUCAAACGACCAGUGAAAGAGUACAACAAAGAAACCGUCCAAGUCGACGCAAAGCCUUUCUUCGAUGACGCCAGCUCCAGUUCCGACGAGGCUAGCGAUUUGGAGUUUGUAAAACCGGAUCGGGAAUGGAAGAGCAGGAGUUCCGAGUAAUUCAGACAAGUUCCCUUUCCCGACGAUCAAACUUUAUUGUACAGACGUUCGAAUGGAAACAGUGAGACUGCGAGCUAAGGAAACUUUAUAAAUCAAGUUUAAGUCAUGUUUAAUUUUGACUAAUUGAUGCAAUGCCCACGAAUAGUAGCUUUUGUAUAUACAUAAGAAAACUCGAGUGAAAUGAAACUAAUUGAUAAUUAAGUUAGAUUAAUAAGAAAAAAGAGAAGAUUGUUCUCAAAUUAAUAAGAAAGCGUCAAACAAUCAGUGAGGCCUUGAAAACUACAUUUACAAUCAAGUUUUUUAACUAUACAUACAUUCUAAGAUGAACGGUCUAUUUACAAGCUUUCUAUAAUUAUUUGCAUAGAUCUAUAUGUACUUAUGUCACUGACAACCGGUUGGAUUUCAUAAUUUACAUUUUAUACCUUCACAUCUGUAGUAACUUUUUUACACGCUACAUAAGAGUAUAUUGAAUUUUAUAAAUAUUUACAAAUAUAUACAUAAUAAUAUGCACACGUUGAAAAUUACAAUCAUUCCAAGAUUUUAUAAAUAUAUUUUUAAUCUCAGUGUUAUACAACAAACUUCCAACUAACUCGACUGUGAUCAAUAAAUAUACUGGUUACAAAAUGUGUAUUUUAAGAAUAACAACGCAUUUAUCCUGUUGUUGCAAUGCUAAAUAACUGCAAUAAGAAGAAACAUGAAAGGAAAA